AUGGCUGAUCUGCCGAAGUUCAUAAGACAGCAUUUCUGGGAAAAUAAUUGGUCCAGAAAGUGUGACCUUUCGAAAUUCCCUAUGUCAAAGUUGCAGGAAAUCGCUGAAUCAUUUAGCAACUUAGACAUCAAGUCUAAGUCUGCUGUUAUCUUCACUUUUGCGAAUUCUAGCACACCUUUGGACGAAGGAGUUUCUGAAGUUGUUGAAAAGGUGAUAAACAUGGCCUUAGCUGAUGACAAUUCAUACAUAAGAAGUGCGGCUACGGUACUUCAAUGUCGAUCGCCUCUCAAUUGCUUGUGCUUUGACCUUUCCGAUACAAACCACGAGUUCGCCUCAACUCUUAAAGAACUUCUUGAAGCUGGCUCGUACAACACUCCUUGGGUUAAUAUUUUGCCAAUGUCGGAGUUUUUUAGUAAGAAGGUUUCAAAUAAAGCCAUUGGUAUUGAAAAAUCACGAGAAUCAGGAGAUGUCAAAAGUGGUUGCCUUAACUCUUGCAUUGGAUUUAAUAUCAAAGGACAGACACCUGCCAAUAACAUGAAGGAUGUAUAUAUAGAGAAAUUACAUGAGGAAUGCGAAAGGCGUCGUGUUCAUGUUCCAAUCCCUGGCCGUAGUUUCGCUAAAUCCGAGGCAGCAGGUGAUACAGCAACAAGCGCAACAAAUAAUCCCCAAAAUAGACGUGCUCCGAGUUUCCCUCGGCUUGUUCCUGCCACUCGAAAAGCGGAUUUAAUUGACGGAGAUAUUUCUAGUGGCAAUGCUCAGAACACAGUUCCAGGAUCUUCUGCCAGAGCAAGGCUGCUUGCAAUGCAUGGUGCUAACGCAUCGCCCACUCCUACUAGCAAUAAAUCGACGACAGCAGCGACAGUAGGUAGAAAUGGUGGUGAUUCUGGUGACACAAUAUCGCGACGACCAUCACUGAUUGGAGCGAAUAGUAAUCCUUCCUCAUCUUCGAAUACGGUUAAUGCUGGGAGUAGAGAAAAUGCUGCUGCAGCUCCUUCAUCCUCUUCUCAUUCCUCCACUACAGCUGUGGGUGCUAAUAAGCGUGGAAGUAAAAUUAAACUGUUGGAUUUUAAUGAUCUUCCAGCUAUUGGAAUUGAGGCAAAAAGACAGAAGAAAGAACAACAAGAAAAAGCCCGUGAAGAGAGACGCAAGCAAAAGGAGCUUGAGAUGGAGGAGAAAAGACAAGCCCGCGAAGAGGCUCGUCGCGCAAAACUCCAAGCCUCCCAAGCCAAGAAAACUCCUUUUCCUAUUGGCAUUCCCAUGCAGGCAGCAGGAUCAGGACUCCAGCAUCACCUUCAACCCAUCCUCCAACCAACCCAAAUUCGAGAAGCAUGGAGUGAUGUUAAUCAACAGCCUACUCAACAGCAGCCAGCACAGCAAUGGAUACCUUUUUCUGUUUCUGCUCAAGGCGGCAGUUUGCGACAGGGUGUCUUUGGAGGUAGACUGCAGGAGAAUUCUACAAGACAGCGUCAGAGGGGAGGUCGAGAUCAAGAUACAUCCGCCUCAGAUCAGCAUUCUGGUGGUGAGGAUGACGAAGAUGAGGAUGAUCUUGAGGAUGGUGUAAAUACGGUCAACCCUGAUGGUACUUUUGCUAUUAGUGUUCCGAGAGGUUUCCGGGGUUUUUCGGAAGUCCUUCCCUCAACUACAAUCCCAGCAGUCCGCCAGCAACAGCAGGGUGGUGCCACAAUUCUCUUACAACGCACAGGUGGUGUUCCUGUCAAUAUCUCUGGCACCAGUAGCCAACUAAUCUCCCAGAUGUUCAGUCAGCAGCAAGUUCAACCGCGUUUCCGGCUUGUGCGACCUUGGUCAACAUCGACCUCAACAUCGAUGCCUGUCAAUGUAAUCCAAGCGUCGUCUGUGUCUUCAACGAUGCCUCAACAGCAGGAAGGCAACAGAGCUACUGUUACUGUUGAAGUGUCUGGACAGCAACAGCAGCGUUAUGUACACAUGGGAGAUGGAUUAAUUACCUUGGCAAAUACUGCUGCCGCAGCUGCUCAGCAACAACAAACUGCUCAAUCCCAACAGCCGACCGUUAUUAUUGCGAAUCCUGGUGCUCGUAUUCACAUGGCAGCAAAUCCCACUCACGUACAAACGACACCCGGUGCUCCCCAACCUAUUAUUAUACGAUCCCCAAAUCUGGCACCCGUCUCCAGUACCCCUCAAGCACAGCCCCAACAGACCGCGACUUUUGUUAUUUCUUCCUCUUUACCCCAAGUACCCAUUGCCCAGACACCUCGACUUCAACCUAGACUUAUCCAAAUCCGUCCACGGACGCCCCUUUCAACGGCUACGCCUACUUCAACAGCAACUACUACUAAUAUCACAUCAGUAGCAAGGCCGAAUACACCAGUUCCAAUUAUUUUGCCUCCUGUUUCAACUGGCAGUGUUACUGUUGCAUCUGGGCUCCAACCCCAACCAAGAAUUAUUGUUGCUAAUUCUGGCCUACGUCCAGUUGCGCCAGCUGGUCAAAAUGCCCAGAGUCAACAGCAUCAGCAAGGGUAUACUAGGAUAAUUCCUAGGCCUCCCCUUGUACCAAUUACGGGGCAAACUACAGUACAGAAACAGAUUUUGUCCCAACCUACUACUUUGAUAACACAGCCGUUGUCAAGAGAGGGCCUAAAUCUCACUCCCACUCAGGUUACAUCAAUCCAAUCCCUAUUUCAAGGUGCUAAUCGCCUUUCAAGGCUCGAUAAGGCUACCAUCCUCUCCUUUAUCAGUGGAAAAGCUGUUAACCCACAGCCCGAAAGCGGAACAGUUCAACGCAUUCGCCUUUCAGAAUAUCGAGAAAGAGUUAUUGAUAAAGAGAGUGGUAAUCCCAUGGAGGUUGCUGUAGAUACCUUCCUACUCCUUGACUAUGCAACGGGUCGUUUCCAGAGUGUUAAAUCCUAUAGGACACUGCCACCUGAUCAACUUAUGGCUUUGCCUGUACAGCCGAAAGUUGUCCCUGCUACUACUACUGCCUUUGUCACUACGACCAUCACAAUGGCUUCUCGGGAUCCUAACAGCACGAACGUCACGGGCCCCAUGACCCGUAGUGAAUAUGAAGAGACAUUCCGUCGACGAGACAAGCGUUCUCUCCACGAAUUGGUAGCCGAGGAAGAGGCCAUUAUAGACAACGAGGUGGCCGAUUUUGAGACUGCAGAAAAGGAGGCCAUUGCUGCAGCCUCAUCAGCCUGGGUUCCUCUGACUCCUCAGUAUAUUGACUCCCAUUUCCAGCUCUGGUCACUGUCUCGAAAUCAUGGAGACAUCUAUGAGGGUGUGCAGUUGCCUGGGGAUGCAAAAUGGCGACUGGGGAGUGCUAGGAGUGUUCUCAAUAGGGACUUCAAUCCAGAUAUGUAUGAGGAGGAUUUGUUUGAGAUGAAACAUCGGGCUAGUGCGGAAUUGAAAGAGGGGAUUGGUGAAUUAUCGCCGGUUCAGUACGCCAUUCAUGUUCAGUCCACUCCGACCUAUCAAGAGAAUAUGGUGAUAUCCUCCUUUGCAGACGAAUACUACUAUCUCGCAGGUCAUAUCGGUUGGGUUGAUCUUCACGACAGUGGCCUGGCACAACGUCUUCGGACUCUCAUGCUAGAUCCCUUCCUUGUUGGCCUGCGCCACGAUGUCACCAACACCGAUGCCAACGUCCUCAUCGAUCCCGACACAGAAAGUGCCUUCUCUGCAAUUGAGCAGAACAACAUGCCCUUUGACCUUGCCAUCGGUCCCCAUCAACUCCGGCAUGCUUGUCACCUCGCCUACAAACACCCUCGUCUCAAGCUAGUCCUCAAUCAUUGUGGUCUUCCCUUGGAAUACACUUCCACACAUCCCGAUGAAGAAAUCAAUAUUGCUCAAUGGAAGGCGGAUCUAGAGUACUUGAGUAGGUACCCAAAUGUCUACUGCAAGUUAACCGCCACUUCAGGGAAGAUCGUGUCAUCAGAUAAGGAUGGAAAUGUAGAGGAGAAGGAAUGGAGCCCGAAGAAUGUGUUGACACAGGCAAUUGGGUUUUUCGGACCGGAGAGAUGUCUAUUCGGCUCGGGAUGGCCCAUAUGUCGUGUUGUUGCUCCUGCGGUUACUGGUUGGAAUGAUAGUGGAACAGGAGGGGCCCUAGUUGCUGCGAAGAAGCAUGCGAGAAUUUCGGGGCCCCCUGUAAAGGGGUACCGAGGUCAGGCAGUUGCACAGAGGGAACUCUCUGUUUGGGAGGCAGCACGACUUGUAGAGCAUUGCAUGGAAGAAGCGGGCUUUGGUGCAAUUGAGGAUAAACGAAAGGUGUUUGGCAAUAAUGCGCAAACUGUGUACACUCUGAAUGUUAGACCCUAUGGAUCUAGCAGAGUUCUGUAA